CGCCAAAUGUUUCGACAAUGUCGCUACAUGGUGAUCUUUCGGCACCGAGAAACUGUCGUCAAUUAAGGUGGUGAUGUACAGGCUGAAUUCGAAUUCUCGGUGAUGUUCCCAUAACUUUUUAGAGUCAUACGGCGUAUCUCGACUCUAUCUUGGAAGUGUAAACACCUCUUAUUGCCACGAUAAUGGGCAGCGAGUAUUCCUAUUGUGAGGAAUACGCGACUAACCAAGGUGGACCAGAAGCAGAUUUAUUUGUCUGCUGUGGCAUAGCCUAGGAAUGGUAUCGCCGUCCAAGGCCCAGGAUCAAGAGCGCAAUCAACAUCGUCCACUGAAAGACGAGUCGAAACAGACUGACAAACGUUCCCAUGUACAUUUACAAAAAGGCCCAAAACCUUUGGAAAAAAAAACAUUUUAUUUGGAUAUAAAGAAUCAUGCUCUUGCAUCAAAACUAGAGACCAAAAUAAAGGAUCUUGGUGGGACUAUCGAAUUAUUUUUAGUACGUAGUGUCACAUUAGUGGUGAGCGAUAAAGCAGAAAAGUCAAACCAGGCUGAUAGUGACAGGUGCAAAUGGGGUUGGACCAGCGGAGGGAGCGUGGGACCUUCCUCGCUAUGGAGCGUGGAGAACCCAACGCCCACUCCGACACCUCCAACGCCUUCCUUAAGUAUUGAGUCUCCUCUUAAUAAUUCAACCAACUUACGGGCUCAAACUGCUUCAAGAUCCAAGUCGCGAGCGGAUGCGAUGUUGCAACGUGCUUUGACACAGCCGCAGCAGUGUUCCGUGGAUCCGCUAAAGAACGCGCAACAUUGGGGUAUCCCUAUUUGGGCCACUGAGAAAUUGCAGGGCUGGCUUGAAAAAAUAUACGUUUCCCUUAAAGAUACUAGAAAUCUUGCCAGUCGGAAAGUCAACUCUACACAGUCGCCAUCUGUUUGUAUUGCCAAGGAUCCAAAGGUCAAACACCUCAAGGCGCCUUUUAUUAAGUUCGAGUCUCUUCGCAGAGAUACUAGGCCUGUUUUUCUUGAGCUAUCGUCCUGGCCAACUUUGAAUUUCGACGGCGAAUCAGGAACCUGUCCAUUUGACAUAAAACGACGGGAAGAUAAGAACGGAAAAAAUCUAAUCACUAAAGAAGUCAAAGAAAACAGAGCAGGUGUGGACGUAACCCAACGAGGGAAGGAUAAGGAAAUGACACGUAGACCUCGUGCUACGGCGACUCGCGCCCGCAGGACGGAACAGCUAGUAGCAGGCUACUGUGAGAUUUGCAGAAUAGACUAUCAGGAUCUUACCAAACACGUUCGAAGUGAUCAGCACUUAAAUUUUGUUCGUAAUGACGAUAAUUUCCUAUCCCUGGACACGCUGAUAAGUGCUGGUGCCAGCGUUGAAGCAUUCCUGCAGCUGAAUCGUGCUAAGGAAAUUGGGAAGGACCUCUUUCAAAACGGUGGCCGAAGUCUUCGCAGUGUGGUACUUCCUGAAGGGAAGACAGAGAAAACAGUUAAAUCCGAACUUGACGAUUUUGGUGUUGAAGACAUCGGUAUGGUGCAGUGCAAUGGUGCGCGGCCGAAUCUCAAUUUAAAAUUAAAUUCACAACAUAACCUCCGAACUAGGACAAAGCAUGAAAGUGGACAUUUACUUCGUUCUAAGGGUAGUCCUUGGCACGAAGUGGAGAAAACUGACAAAUUCUAUGAGAAAUUUGAUGGGUUCACAGUAAAAAAGCAACGCCAGAAUAAGAACUCAGUGUGGAUCGAACAGGAUGAUGAAAAACUUCCUGAAGAGGAUGACUUUCAGGUGUGCUGCACGGCUCUACAAGAGAAAGGCCUUUUAUUGGCUGAUAGUAGGAUCUUAUCCUCAAAAGAUGUAAAGCCAGAACCUGAGGAUUUUACGGCUAAAGAUGGUGUCAUACUGGUGCAACCGGAUCAUGCUGAAGUAUCUGAGAGGCUUUAUGAACCGACGGACGAUAGGCAAAGUGGAAUUUGUGAAAAUGAAGUGGUGCAGGAUCAAAAGAAACAAAAUGAGGAAAUUAAAGUAGAAAGUAUUAGUGAUAAAGUUAACGAUACAAACGAUCGGGACGUGAAGUGUAAUGACAGACAAGAUGGUGAUAAGACUUGUGAUAAAAGUAUUAAGAAUGAGAAAGGUAGGACUAGACCUUUUUCAGGUAGGCGAGGUUGUAAGAGUUCAAGGGUGAGGCAUCGUUUAUCGGUAGAAGAAAGACUUAUUGAAGAUAAUAGAGCUUAUUAUAAGGUCGAAGUGCUUGGCAAUAAACUGCGGUCGACCACUGUGCCAGGAGCAGAUCAAUCUUGCAAGGAUAAUAGUACUAAGAAAGAGGAUGAUGUACCAUCCAGUGAAAAACCGGUAGUCGUGAGGUUCAAAAGAGUGCGAAAGUCAGAAUUAUCUUUACUAAGUGAUGAGGCUGAAUCGUUUAUGUUUGGUGAACCUAGACGAAUUGAUGACUCUAGUGAAAUCAGUGAGGACGAGAGUAGCCCAAUGCCUAGAGAAACUCAGAGUGAGAUGGAACCUAGUUCUAUGUCUUUAAUCUCUUCCGUAUCAGUUACUAGUUCACCUUAUAAAGAGGAAGAGGAUUCCCAAGAUUUUGGUGGUCGUGCCAGGAAGAGGAGAAGAACUCAAGUUGAAGCUCUAAUAAAAGACAACGUAGAUUAUUAUAAGUUUGAGACCCCAGAUAGUAGAUUAAGGUAUCAGACAUCACAAGGAAUGUCCAAAGACUCCUCUACGAUGAGAUCGGAACCUAGAAGAGUGCUAGAUGGACAAGGGCCUAUACUAUCAUCCAAACCAUCCCCGGAAGUAGAGAAAAUGCAAUUUUCAUUCGAAACAGUGCCCACAUCAGAACCAUGGUAUCAAACCUAUCAAAGACAGGAUCAGGGUGCUGAAUUUUGGCACUAUUUCAGCGAAGCUGAUAGCCACCGACCUUUUCUGCUGCCAUAUGAGAUAGACAAUUUUCAAGAGACUCUCGCCAAAGGUAUAGCUAAAGCUAAUGAAAACAGACGAAGAGCCAAGGGUCGUUUUACUUCUGGUCGUUCCCCGCGAAAGAGCCCUAGAUGUCACGCUUCUACCUUGGCGAUCAUGUCCACGAUCAUCCGUAAGCGGGAACAACCUUCUCUUCAAGUCAUUGAGGAGGAGAGUCAAAACAUUGAAAAAAGAGAAGUUAAGUCUGAUGUCGAUGAAGAACUCAAAGAGAUGGCUCGCAGCAUCGACGAAAUGUUAUGUGCUAAAGGUGAUCUCCUCGAGGAUUCCUUUGAAGUGACAGACAUGGCCGAGCCCUCCUUGCCGAAAGUAGGACCCCCACCUAAUCUCCUUGAACUUCUUGAUAAUUGUGAAGAGUUACCUAGAAGCCAUUUGGAGAACAGUUCAUGUGGGAGCUCUGAAUGCGGUGAAGUUAUCCAUGGAGAAUCACCUGCAAAGAGACGAAAACGUCGAAAAAAUCGAACCGGAUGGCCAGGUAUAAAGAUGCGAAAAAAGGUACCUGGAAAAUCUUCCCAGGAACACGACCUGGAUAGAGAAAACGUACCUGAGAAAAAAGAGUGCCCUGCCCUGUCAGAGAGGUUACAUGACUUCUCUGAGCAUACAAGUAAUCCUGGUAAAACUGAAGAGGGAUUAUUCUCGGGACAAAAAAUUGACCAACAGCAGCAAUCACAACACCAACAGUCUGAAGAUAACAGAAUGCACGAAGAGGAUGACGAAAAUCAUGAAAAUCAUUGUAGGGAGUCGGAAAGACCAUCAAAGGUACUAAGUAGGCGUAAAAGAGUUGUAGGAUCAGCAUCAGAACCACAAGAUACAAGACCUAGGCCAAGAAAACGUCAGGUACUACCUAGAUCGGAGGGUUCCCAAGAAACAGAACCAGUAGAACGCACCUCCAGGAAACGUUCACGACCAAAUACCACAUCUUCAGAGCCAGAUGACUCAGAGAAUCAUCUAACUCGAAGAAUAAAGUGUCGUCGUAUGAUUUCCUCUUCAGAGCCAAUAGAUAUAGACUGCUCUUCAGGAUCAGAAAGACUUCCAUCAGGUCUGCUACCGACCGUAGAUUUGGAGCAACGUAGGUCAAGCAUAGAAUUUCAGCCUGUUGUAAGAAUGAUGAAAAUUGAUGAACAGGUUGAUGUUGAUAAUAGUAUUCUAUCAGUGACUGUAGCCAGUAAUCGACGUUUAAGAAGUUCUGGUGUUAGUAGUAGUUUGAAGAGACCUAAGAAACAUUUUAAAGGAGCUCGUGGUCAGUUCGGCCGAUGGAUUAAGAAUAGUUGAGACACUUUGACCAGGAAAUCCAAUUGAACUAUGUUCUCUGUAUAAAGUUAUACUCCUUCUUGUAUGCCAGAAAGUAUGUUGCGUGUAUGUGUGCGUGUGUGUAUGUAUUUGCGUCAUUUUUCGCAGCAUCCAUGUGUAUAACUCAUACUUGGCUCGACCCACUCUCUACACUGCGUAUCAUCCCAAUAGAGAUAAUAGAGCACUAUUAAUGAAUUUCGAAUCUUAUUACGUCUUCUUGUCAGACUUGUCGCAUCACGAUUUAACCUGUCGGAUUCGAUGGCACGUUGUUUUUUAAUUUUUCAAUACUCUAAGAUUAAUUCAAAAAAAAAGAUUUAUCAGAAUUUUGUAUUAGCCUGAGGAAUACUGCACAGAUUGUCGUUUUAACGGAUUCUUUGGAAUAAUCAUACUGGUAAAUUUAUCCAUUAAUCUAAUUGAAAUUCCCUUUAAAGGGAUUCAAUAAACUGGACUUCGAUAUAAUAGACUGACACUUUACUUUCAAUUGGUGACAUGAUACGUGUAAAUUGAUGCAAUUAAUAAAUUUAAUAUUAUCAUCAAGAAGUCUUCGUGAUGCGCGUAAUUUGGCACAUCGGUCUAAUCAAGACGCUGCCCUAAGAUGAAAAAUGACAAGAAUUCGAAUUUAUAGACACCCUAUCGAUCGAGCCAGACCUCUAUUUCAUACAUCGUUAUCUAGCCCUAGUAACUUUAUUAUUAAUUACAAUUAUUAUCAUUGCUAUCGAAACCCUACUACUAAUUAUUCUAUCUUUACGGAACGUUAUUAUUAUAUUAAUUAGCAUUAUAAUAAUUAUUAGUAAUAUUAUCAUUAUCAUCGUCGAAGUAUCGACGUAAAUUCAUCGUUCUGUACAUUCUCUUCAGUCUCAAUCGCUGCAGAAUUCAUACAAUCUUAAUCUCUGUUAUCCUGGUUUGGCUUACGGCAAUUUCAAAUUUGUAUGUACACUUUUUUUCUAUCACCCUUUUACAGUUGUACCGACUACUCCUAAACCAGUUUCUGAUAACUAUGCAGAGCAAGCUUUACAAUAGAUUUCGUUUCUUUCUUUUUUUAAGUUUAAAUUACCUGCAUAAAUACGACUUUAGUCGUUGAACUGCUCUAUGUAAUUCUCUUCUACUGAUCGAUCGUUCGCGAUCGGAGACAAUUAAAACAAAAAUUUUUUAUAAAAA